AUGUCGGCCACGGGGGAUGGAGACCCGGCCCUGGGAGGCCCAGAGGGCCCCACAGGCGCAGCUGGAGCCCAGACCGAGGCGGCCAGAGCCGGCGACCGGGUGGACCGCGACUCGGAGCCUCGCGGGGGCGACGCGGGGCCGGGUUCCUGGGGAGGCGCUGGGGAGGCGGCCCUGGAAGGCGGGGGUGCGGAGGAGGACUCGGACAUCGGGCCGGCAGAGGAGGAGGAGGAGGAGGAAGCGCGCCAGUUCCCCAUGGCGGGCUUCCGCUUCAUGUUCCUGGACCUGGCGUACUCACUGCUGCGCCGCGUCUACUACAACAACCACGUCCUCGUCCCGCUCCCGCCGAGCUUGCGCGAUGCCUUGGCCUGGCUCCCCGAACCCCAGGCGCCUGAUGGGCCGGGCCCGCGGCCCAGUAACUCGAGGAGGCGGAGGAGCUCAGCACCCCUGAGGGUGAGUGGCUGGCGAGCGGGUCGGUCGGGUCGGUCAGGAGACCCGGGUGCCGAGGGACCCAGGCUCAGAGGGGGGCCUCGGGAGUCUGUAUUAUUCACUAAAGAAACAACUAAAUAUCAGGAUGAGAACGCCAAUGAAGAGGCCCAAGGUGCUGAAAGUGAGGGGGAACGAGAAGUUUAACAAAAACAAGAACCUGAAAAGGACAGACGCAGAAAGUCCAGCGGGGCUGUGUCACGUGAUGGGAUGGAUGGGGAAAUGUUGAUUCAUCCUGUACAGCAGCGGAGGAGAAGUAGAAGGCACCCUGUGGGCCACAGACAGCACUUGACAUGGGCAAACAAAGAAGUACAGGAAUGA